AUGUUUACUGGCCCCAUGUACUUCUGUGAGACCGGUGAAAACAAAACAUUAACGGUGAAGAAGCGACGUAUGCACAGACCAAACUUCAGUAUCUUUGGCCUCAUCUUCAUCGAAGAGCGUGUCCAAUUUGCAUCCUUUUUUGGAGAUAUGAAGCCUGUGGCCUCCUCCUGCUCCUCCCACCAUGUCCUGCUCCUCCUGGUCCUCCUGGCCUCCUCCUUGUCUCAGGCUCGGUUGGUGUCUCGCUGUGAGCUCCGCGAUGAACUCCUCAAACGUGUGGAACUCUCCAAAUCCCUGAGGAGGAACCCAGAGCGCACAGCGGCCAGAGUGAUCUGUGAAUUGGAGCAACAUUCUCAUCGCAACACAAACUUCGUACGAGAAUUCUACCAAGAAAUUGACUUUGAUGACACCACGACUUCCAGCACCUCCCCCUCUACUCCCUCCUCCUCCUCUGCUCCCUCCUCCUCUACUCCCUCCUCCUCUACUCCCUCCUCCUCCUCUGCUCCCUCCUCCUCUACUCCCUCCUCCUCCUCUGCUCCCUCCUCCUCUACUCCCUCCUCCUCCUCUGCUCCCUCCUCCUCUACUCCCUCCUCCUCCUCUACUCCCUCCUCCUCUGCUCCCUCCUCCUCUACUCCCUCCUCCUCCUCUGCUCCCUCCUCCUCUACUCCCUCCUCCUCCUCUACUCCCUCCUCCUCUACUCCCUCCUCCUCCUCUGCUUCCUCCUCCUCUACUCCCCUCCUCCUCCUCUACUCCCUCCUCCUCCUCUACUCCCUCCUCCUCUGCUCCCUCCUCCUCUACUCCCUCCUCCUCCUCUGCUCCCUCCUCCUCUACUCCCUCCUCCUCCUCUGCUCCCUCCUCCUCUACUCCCUCCUCCUCUACUCCCUCCUCCUCCUCUACUCCCUCCUCCUCCUCUACUCCCUCCUCCUCUACUCCCUCCUCCUCCUCUCUUCUCCUCCUCUACUCCCUCCUCCUCCUCUACUCCCUCCUCCUCCUCUGCUCCCUCCUCCUCUACUCCCUCCUCCUCAUCUGCUCCCCCCUCCUCUACUCCUCACACUAGUAUUGAGAGAAUCUUCUCACCCAGACUCAUCUACACCUCCACCUCCUCCUCCCUCCUCCACUCCUCACCCAGAACACCCAGCACCCAGCUCCACAACUGAAGCCACCACAGCCUCCUCGACUCCUGCACCUCCCACCACCUCCUCCACCUCCUCCAGCACCUACCCUAGCCGGGCUCCUCCUUCUACACCCCCCGGGGUCUCAAACUCCACCAGGAGAGGGCAAGGAGGGUGGAUGGAGAGGGCCUUCACCACUGUGGUCUCAGUGAAACAGUUUGGAGUCUUCCAGCUUUCCGACAAGAGCCACUGUGACUCUGGAUACAGGGCCACAGACGACCUCUGUCACAGCAGCUGCUAUGGUAUGGACCAUGGGGACACUGACCAUGUGGACACUGACCAUGUGGACACAGACCAUGUGAACACUGACCAUGUGGACACAGACCAUGUGGACACUGACCAUGUCGACACAGACCAUGUGAACACUGACCAUGUGGACACUGACCAUGUGGACACAUACCAUGUGGACACUGACCAUGUGGACACUGACCAUGUGGACACAGACCAUGUGGACACAAACCAUGUGGACACAGACCAUGUGGACACUGACCAUGUGGACACAGACCAUGUGGAAUCAGACCAUGUUGACACAGACCAUGGGGACACAGACCAUAGGGACACAGACCAUGUGGACACAGACCAUGUGGACACAGACCAUAGGGACACAGACCAUUGGGACACAGACCAUGUGAACACAGACCAUGUGGACACAGACCAUGUGGACACAGACCAUGUGGACACUGACCAUGUGGACACAGACCAUGUGGAAUCAGACCAUGUUGACACAGACCAUGGGGACACAGACCAUUGGGACACAGACCAUGGGGACACAGACCAUAGGGACACAGACCAUGUGGACUCAGACCAUGUGGACACAGACCAUAGGGACACAGACCAUGUGGAAUCAGACCAUGUUGACACAGACCAUGUGGACACAGACCAUGUGGACACAGACCAUGUGUACACUGACCAUGUGGACACAAACCAUGUGGACACAGACCAUGUGGACACUGACCAUGUGGACACAGACCAUGUGGACACAAACCAUGUGGACACAGACCAUGUGGACACUGACCAUGUGGACACAGACCAUGUGGAAUCAGACCAUGUGGACACAGACCAUGGGGACACAGACCAUUGGGACACAGACCAUUGGGACACAGACCAUGGGGACACAGACCAUAGGGACACAGACCAUGUGGACACAGACCAUGUGGACACAGACCAUAGGGACACAGACCAUUGGGACACAGACCAUGUGAACACAGACCAUGUGGACACAGACCAUGUGGACACAGACCAAGGGGACACAGACCAUGGGGACACAGACCAUGGGGACACAGACCAUGGGGACACAGACCAUAGGGACACAGACCAUUGGGACACAGACCAUGUGAACACAGACCAUUGGGACACAGACCAUGUGGAAUCAGACCAUGUGGACACAGACCAUGUGGACACAGACCAAGGGGACACAGACCAUGGGGACACAGACCAUAGGGACACAGACCUCUGUCACAGCAGCUGCUAUAAGUUUGCAGAUGACGACAUCAAAGACGACGUGGACUGCUUUGUUCGCAGUGACCUCUUCUUACAAGUGUACAGAGCCGCAGACCGCUCCUGCAGGAACAGAAGAACCCUGGACCGGUUCUUUGAGGUCUGUGACUCUGGUUCUGGAGAGGAACCAGAGUAG